GUACACAUCAACAAAACUCAAUGGAAUUCCAUGGUGUUGACGUAAACACGUAAACAAUUCAAAUACAAGCAUCGGUUUGAACGUAUAGGUGAUGGUGUAAAUAAUGUGGAUUAUAGGUAAAUUACCUAUCGAAAGGACUCGACAUUUUUGUUAAAAAUUUAGCUGAAAAAUACACCCAAUUAGUUUAAAGCCUUAAAAUUAUUCUUUCACACCACAAAUGAUUUCAUUUCUUAUAAAACAUGAAAUUUCCCCAAAAAUUCCUUUACUAGACACCAGCGCCACCAGUUUGACAGGUUGGAAACGUGUGGAACUCUCCACCGUGUGACAGCUUCAAAUUACGAUACGUCUUUUGAAUACGUAUUAUUUGGCACGAAAAUUCCAUUGACACACACACACAUUUCGCUCACCUUUUCUGUUGCAACAAAUUCUGUAAAAUUUCUAGUGAUCCAAAAAGUGAAUCAAAAUCCGCACGAUGAAGGGUCGGUUUAAUAGUUAUGAUGUGGUUUGCAUGACAGCCGAGCUACAAAAGUUAGUGGGUCUUCGUGUGAAUCAAAUCUAUGACAUCGAUAACAAAACUUAUUUGAUAAAAUUGCAAGAUAAGGAUGUAAAGCAAACACUAUUGUUUGAAUCGGGUAUUCGAUUCCAUACGACGUCAUUCGAAUGGCCAAAAAAUCCAUCACCGUCCGGAUUCACAAUGAAAUUGCGAAAGCACUUGAAAAACAAGCGUCUUGAGAGUUUAACACAGCUGGGCACCGAUCGUAUCAUUGACUUUCAGUUUGGUGUUGGUGAUGCUACCUAUCAUUUGAUUUUGGAGCUGUACGACAGAGGUAAUUUGGUGUUAUGCGAUCAUGAGAUGACAAUUUUGAAUGUUUUGCGGCCACAUACCGAGGGCGAAGAAGUUCGGUUUGUUGUGCGUGAGAAAUAUCCCGAAGCCAGAGCUCGUGUCAAUGCAAAUCGAUCGAGUGUAGAAAUUAUCCGCGAGGUUCUCGGCAAUGUUAAAGCAGAUGAUAGUCUUAAACGAAUUUUGACACCGAUUUUGGAUUGUGGUCCGACUGUGUUGACCCACGUCCUCAUGAAGUAUGGCCUAAAUGAUUACAAGGUUAAAAAGACCGUAACAGAUGAAGCCACACCUGAAGAGACUGAAAACGAGAAUCAAAAGGGAAAAAACAAAAAAGGAAAGCAACAAAAGAGCAACGACAGUGCAUCGGCUCGGUAUUUCGAUGAAACCAAAGACACCGAGACGUUAGCAAAGGCAAUUGAUGAGGCCAAUGAUUUUAUGAAAAAUGCUGGCCGAAAAGACAACGAACCGCAUGGGUUCAUCAUUCAAAAAACCGAAAUGAAACCACCAAGUACCGAAGGAGCUGAACCCGAAGAGUUUCAUUACAACGUUGAGUAUCAUCCAUAUUUGUUUGAACAAUAUCGUGAUUCGAAGUACAGAGAGUUCGAAAAAUUUGAUACGUCGGUCGAUGAAUUCUAUUCGACGUUGAUCGGACAGAAAAUUGACCUCAAAACGUAUCAACAAGAAUGCGAGGCACUGAAAAAAUUAUCAAACGUUAAAAAAGAUCAUGAAAAACGUUUGGAGGAAUUGAGCAAGGCGCAAAUUUUGAAUAAGCAACGAGCUGAAUUGAUUACCCGGAAUACGGAGUUAAUCAAUAGUGUGCUGGUGACAAUGCGCAGUGCGAUUGCCAAUCAAAUGUCAUGGGCCGACAUAAAGGAUUUUGUAAAAAAUGCGCAGACAGCUGGUGAUGUGGUGGCAAACAGCAUUAAACAGUUGAAACUAGAAACAAAUCAUGUGUCUCUGUAUCUGGCCGAUCCGUAUGCAACGUUGGAUCAAAAUAGCGAUGAAUCGGAUUCAGAAAGUGAGGAAUCGGAUUCAAAUGUAUUGCCUCCAAUGAUUGUUGAUAUUGAUUUGGGUUUGUCAGCGUAUGCAAAUGCCACUCGUUACUAUGACCAAAAGCGAAGUGCUGCUCACAAGGAAAAUCGUACGAUUGAGUCGUCAGCAAAAGCCUUGAAAAAUGCUGAGCGAAAAACACAGGAGCAUUUGAAGGAAGUCCGAACGAUUUCGAAUAUCUCAAAGGCACGUAAGGUCUUUUGGUUUGAGAAAUUCUAUUGGUUUAUCAGCUCCGAGAAUUAUCUGGUGAUUGGCGGUCGUGAUCAACAGCAAAAUGAAUUGAUUGUUAAGAGAUACUUGCGACCGAAUGAUAUUUAUGUGCAUGCAGACAUUCAGGGUGCGUCGAGUAUUGUCAUUCGUAACCCGUUCACUGGCAAUCCAUCAGAUCCACAAGCAGCAAUACCGCCAAAGACAUUGCUGGAAGCUGGCGCUAUGGCCAUUUCGUAUUCAGUUGCCUGGGAUGCCAAAGUGACAACGAGCGCGUACUGGGUUCGUGCCGAACAGGUCAGCAAAACGGCACCGACGGGAGAGUAUUUGGAUACAGGAAGUUUCAUGAUCAGAGGAAAAAAGAACUUUUUACCGCCGUGCCAUUUGAUAUUGGGUCUGAGCAUAAUGUUCAAAUUGGAAGAGUCAUCAGUUGCACGACACGCAGGUGAACGAUGUGUCCGCACAUUCGAUAACGAUGCACAGAAAAAGUAUGAACUUGAUACGGAGAGUGUUCAAAGUGAGGCCGCCUCACAAGACGUCAAAUCAGACGAAGAAAUAAAAGGGGACAACGACGAAAGUGAUGGUUCUGAUAGCGAUGAUGGGCCAAAUCAUUUCCCUGAUACGCAAAUCAAAAUCGGCACAUUGAGCACACAAGUCAGUCAAGUGAGCAUUGAAACAUCCAAAGCCGCCGGCGCUGAUGAUGAAGAAGAAGAAGGUCAAAUCAUUCAUGCAGCACCACAGCAAAUGCCACGUAAAAAUCGCAUUAUACAGAAAACAAAAGCCAAACAAAGCGACGCAAAGAAGAACAAACAACAGCAAAAACAGGAGAAAAAUGAAAGUCGCACGGAAAAUCAAAACGAGAAAUCGAAAUCGGGCAGUGCAUUGAAAAGGGGCCAAAAGAGUAAAUUGAAGAAAAUCAAGGAAAAGUACAAGGAUCAAGACGAGGAAGAGAAAGAGAUGCGAAUGCAAAUUUUGAAAUCAGCCGGUAACAAAAAAGCAGAGCCACCGAAGGAAAAAGAGAUCGAAAAAACGGACAUGGAGAAACCACAACGUACUCCAUCCGGAAAACCUCAAGGUGAAAAGAGACAGCAGCCAGAGAAGAAAGUCGCCGAACCAUCAGACGAUGUGGAUGUGGCCGAUGAAGAUGAAAACCAAGGCGAUGGCAACGACAUCGAUAUGCUGAACUCCUUAACCGGCUGCCCUGUUGAAGAAGAUGAAAUACUUUUCGCUCUACCGGUUGUCGCACCCUACAAUGCAUUACACAAUUAUAAGUAUAAAGUAAAAAUAACACCUGGAACCGGUCGACGUGGUAAAACAUCGAAGACAGCGUUGGCAAUGUUCUUAAAAGAGAAAUCGUGUUUGAAUCAAGAAAAAGACCUUAUUAAAUCUAUCAAACCCGAUGUAGCCGCCCGAAAUAUGCCUGGAAAGGUUAAAUUGUCAGCUCCACAAUUGCAACGCUUAAGAAAUUAAAUCUCUCCUAUAAAUACUUUGUGAUCUUUUCCAUUUAUUUUGUUAUCAAUGCAAAAAAAAAAUAUACAGUUAUUUGAUCAGUUGAAAAUUUUGAGUAAAGUAUGAAAUAAAUUGUUUGAUUCUAUUCAAUUCCACUUAAAGAAA